AUGGCAUCGGAUGUAACAGUUAAUUCGGUUAGUGAUGUGAACAAUGCUCCCAAUCCUACAAAAUCUGUAGGUCCUUCCUCUACUCCGUCCCUCACGGCUUCCCUUCUUCUCCCUGCCACCACUAGCACUGCUUGUGGCGCCCUCACUGGCUCCCUUUUCGGCUAUGGUGCUGGAUUGAUUAAGAAGAAAGACUUUAAAGGAUCCUUUAUACAAGCAGGAUCUAAUGCUAAGACAUUUGCAAUUUUAUCCGGAGUUGAUAGUUUGGUUGUCUGCAUAUUGGGAAGACUUCGAGGAAAGGAUGAUGCCAUUAAUGCUGGGGUAGCUGGAUGCUGCGCUGGUCUUGCUACAAGUUUUCCUGGUACACCCCAAUCACUUCUACAGAGCUGCAUUGCUUAUGGGGCACUUUCUUUUAUCAUUGAAGGGUUAACCAAGCAACGAUCUGCACUUGCAUAUCCCAUGUCCAAGAAAACAAGUGUACGCAACCAGGGUAUAAUUCCUACAUCUCAUUCAGAAGGGUAUAUUGCUUUUUAUGCAUCAUUAAUAUAAGGUUAAGGUGUAUAGCAUAUGCACCUUUCUUUUGCCUUCUUUGUAGCUUUCUUGUAGUCUUUAUGGAAACUUUUAGAAAUAAUAUAAGGGUGAGACACAUUGUAACAUGGAAUGUGCUAAAUCAUAGCAUGUUGA